GAUACUAAGUUCAUAUAAAUGGCCGCAACUAACAAGGAUGUGAUUGAUUCUCAAAUAUUAGUAGAGAAUGUUUCAUUUUUGGAAAAUUGCUUCGACAAUUCCUUUUCAAUACACAACUCUUUAGUGACAGUGAGAGAUUACAUUACACAAACUGUUCAUUUAGCUGAACGGAACAAUAAGAAUAUAAAGAGCAACACAGAAAAAAAAUCUGUCUCAAAUUUAGAGUUAAGUCUAACUACUAAGGGAGUCAAAAAGGCUGAGAACAAUAUAAAUGUAAGAAAGUUAAUGAAUUGGGGCUUACCAUUUGAAAUUACAAAAAAAUAUGAAGAUAAAGGUAUUAAAGAAAUGUUUGAAUGGCAAGUAUCCUGCCUUAGCCAAUCAAAUGUGUUACUGGAACAUCGUAAUUUAGUUUAUUCUGCGCCCACAUCUGCAGGAAAAACUUUAGUAGCAGAAAUACUUACAAUAAAAACAAUAUUAGAGCGUCAAAAAAAGGUAUUAUUUAUUUUACCUUUUGUAUCUAUUGUAAGGGAGAAGAUGUUUUACUUACAAGACAUACUCUCUAGUUCUGGGAUAAGAGUUGAAGGGUUUAUGGGAUCACAAUCACCACCGGGAGGUUUACAAGCCGUGCAUGUUGCCAUAUGUACAAUAGAAAAAGCAAAUAGUUUAGUUAAUCGUCUUAUUGAUGAAGGUAAUAUUUCUGAAUUGGGUGCUGUUGUGGUUGAUGAGUUACAUUUAUUAGGGGAUUCAAGCCGUGGAUACAUCUUAGAGCUUCUAUUAACAAAAAUUAAGUACAUUUCUUUAAAGGCAAAUGAUGUCAACAUACAAAUUGUGGGUAUGUCAGCUACAUUGCCUAAUUUAGAAGUUUUGGCUGCUUGGUUGGAUGCAGAAUUAUUUAUUACAGAUUUUCGACCUAUUCCCCUAGAAGAGUAUUGUUUAGUGGGGAAAAAAUUAUAUGAUAAAAAAGGAACAUACUUAAGAUCAAUAGGUAAUAAUACAGGAUUGGAAAAUGAAAAUGAAAGUGUGUUGGAUAUUUGUUUGGAUACAAUUAAAGAAGGUUGCUCAGUAUUAAUAUUUUGCAUGACUAAAAAUAGAUGUGAAAGUCUAGCACAAAGUAUUGCUUCAACAUUUUUCAAAUUGGGAUGUACAAAUAAUGAAAUAGGUACAGUUUUAAGAAAUCAGUUAAACAAAGAAAAAAUUGCAGAAGUUUUGGAACAACUCAAAAAUUGUCCUGUUGGUUUGGAUGAAAUUUUAAAAAAUAUUGUAUCUUUUGGUGUUGCUUAUCACCAUGCAGGUCUUACUUUUGAUGAAAGAGACAUAAUCGAAGGUGCAUUCAAAUCUGGCGCUAUUAGAGUUUUAGUAGCAACAUCUACACUCAGCUCUGGUGUUAAUUUACCUGCAAGAAAAGUUAUUAUAAGAACACCUGUAUUUCAAAGACAGCCUUUAAAUAUUUUGACUUAUAAACAGAUGAUUGGUAGAGCAGGUAGAAUGGGCAGAGAUGUAAAAGGAGAAAGUAUACUAAUAUGUACAGAGGCGGAGAAAAAAAUAGGUCAAGAAUUAAUGAUAGGUGUUUUGAAUCCUGUUAAAAGUUGUAUAGAAAGUGAGGACAGAUAUAUGAGGGCUGUACUUGAAAUCAUUGCUAGUCAAGUAACAUGUACUGAGUCUGAAUUGAAUCUGUAUACAAAAUGUUCUUUAUUAUUUAACCAAGAAAAGAAGAUACAGUCACAAAUGUUACUAUUAGGGGAGACUUUAGAUAAAUUAAAAAAUUAUGAAUUGAUAAGAGUACAGGAUGAUGGUAAUGAGAUUCAAUAUGUAGCCACUUCUUUAGGCAAAGCUUGCUUAUCAUCCUCAAUGGCUCCUAAUGAUGGACUGUCUUUAUUCUGUGAACUGCAGAAGGCUCGACAAUGUAUUGUAUUAGAAAAUGAUUUACAUCUCAUCUACUUAGUGACACCAUAUAGUGUUAGCAGUCAAUGGAAUGAUAUUGAUUGGUUACAUUUAUUAACUCUAUGGGAGUCUUUAACCAGAGCAAUGAAAAAAGUUGGUGAACUGAUUGGUAUCCAAGAAAGUUUUAUAAUACAACGUUUGAGAGGAAGUAAUCAUACGAAAAUAGAUCAGAAGAAACUGAAUAUUCAUAAAAGGUUUUAUACGGCAUUGGCUUUGCAAGAUUUAGUAAAUGAAGUACCAUUAUCACAAGUAGCAGAGAAAUUUCAAUGUCCUAGAGGUUUCUUACAGGGACUACAACAAGCUGCUGCUACAUUUGCGGGAAUGGUAACAGCAUUUUGUCAUCAAUUGGGAUGGAAGAAUAUGGAAUUGUUAAUUUCUCAGUUCCAGGAUCGUCUCCAUUUUGGUAUACAUUCAGAGUUAAUUGAACUGAUGAAGUUGACAUCAUUAAAUGGGAUAAGAGCAAGAGCACUAUUUGAUAAAGGUUUUGAAACAAUAUCAAGUAUAGCUUCAGCAGAUGUAAAUACUAUAGAAAAUAUACUGCUGAAAGCGGUUCCAUUUCAGAGCGAAAAAGAAAUAGAUGGUGAUGACCAAUGCGAUUUAAAGAAGCGCAAUAAAAUUAAAAAUAUUUGGAUAACUGGUUGUUGUGGUAUGACUGCUAAAGAAGCGGCUCUAAAUUUAAUCCUUGAAGCGAGAAAAUAUUUACAAGAAGAGAUUGGAGUAACUGAAAUAAAAUGGAAUGAAUUAGAGAAUAAAACAAUUUGCAAUGAUAAGAGUUCAAAUUCUCACUGUAAAAAUUUUUCGAAUUCGCAACAAAACCGCAACUUAAUCAUUGGUACAAAUGGCCAUAUAGUUCCGGAAAAUUUAUCAACGAAAAAACAAUCUAAUCUUCAAGCAAUAAAUGGCAUCGUAACAGAUAACGAAAAUAAUGACCAGAAACUUAUGAAUAAUGGAUCCUUACUAUCAUAUAAAGAAGAUCUAAUAAAGGAUAAUGUGGAAAGAACCGCUAACUCUAAACAUUCUACUCAAGAAAAGAAAUCCUCGCGGAAAGAAAAAAUUGACCAAGAUUGCAUUGAAAUUAAAGAUAGCCCUAUAAUUAACAAUAUUAAUUUUGCUCGUACUGAUAGUCCGUCGAUAUUAAAAGAUGAUAUAGUCUGGGAAUCUUUAGACUUUUCUACUGCACUAAAUAAUAUAUCAAAAUUACGAGCAUCCGAUAAAAUAAUGUCACCAGAAAUCAGUUUCGGGGAUAAUGAAUUGAUCGUUGGUACUCCAGAAAAUGCUAAUGAAAACAAAUUAUUGAAAGAUGUGUCUACUAAAGAUGCAUCUACCAAAGAUGUUAGCUUAUUUUCAUCCGAUGAAAGCGGAUCCAGUUUUUUUGAUGAGACAUUGCCAAUCGAUCUUUUGCCGAGUACAUUUAGUAAUAGUGAGGAUAGUAAUAAAAAUACAAGCCUAAAUGAUGUUACAAUUGACUGUCAGUCAAUAUUAAACGCGUUCACAUCUUCUAUCGCAAUGGCUGAAGACGAUGACGAUAUUAAAUUAAUCUAUGAAGAAGAUAAAAAAGAACAGAAAUCAGGCAAUGUAAACAUCUCACAGGCUGUUGAAAUUAUUAAUUCCCAAGACGCAGUCAAAAUUUGGGACUACAAAAGUCCUCUUAAACGACCUAGUCACAAAUUAAAUCAGCCACAGCAGCCAUUAAAGAGAAUGAAAAAGAACAUUGAUGAUAAAAAUUUUCAAAUAAAUAAUUUAAAAUGUAAUCGAUCUAAAAAAUUAAGCAUUGAAAUAAGACAGAAAAUUAUUAAUUGUUAUAUUUUGAGAGAAAUAGAUUUGAUAGAAUAUUUAGAUGAAAUAAAAUCUUGGUGUAACGUUUCUUUAUACUUAGAUAUAAAUGAAUCAAAAUCGACUAACGAAGUAAUUGGAAGUAGUAUUUUUAAAAAUUCUGACGUAAUGCAAAAAGGAAAAGUUGUGCAUAAUUUUGAUGCUUUAAAAGGAAUAGCGUUGUGUUUAAGUAAUGAUCUAUGUGUUUACUUCGAUUUCAAUUCUGUAACGGAAAUAUUGCACGAAAUAAAGAAAAAGAUGUCAUAUUGGCUGAAUAAAGACUCUUUAAACCUGAAUUUGCUGUCUUUGACGACAACUUACGUGCAUUUAAAACGUAGUUUAUCUGUAAAUUUGACUACAAACUGUACAGAUUUGUCACUAACUGAAUGGUUAAUAGAGAGUGAUGAAAAAAUUGCUGAUGUCAACUACUUGAUGAGAAAAUACUGUGAUAUCGAUUUGUCGACAGAACUUUUAAAGAUUGGAAAUGCACAAAAGAAUUUUAAAAACUCCGACUGUAUAGAAAAAGCUUUAUUGAAAGCAUGGUGCAUACAAUGCUUAGGUGAAAAGCAAAAGGAGUUUCUUUUCAAACAAUAUCAAGACAUCAACAUUAUAGCAAAUGUGGAAACUCAUGUUGCAAGGAUCUUAGCUAAUUGCGAAUACCACGGUCUCGGGGUUGACAGAGAUCUGGCUGCGAAACUUUUGAUUGAUGUGAAAAAUACACAAGAAAUAUUGAUGAAGAAGGCUUAUAAAAUAUGCGGUUAUCAUUUCAAUUUUAAUUCGUCGAAAGAUGUCGCGAAGGUAUUAGGCUUUUAUAAAGGUAGAAGAGUGAGUACGAAGAAAAGUGUUCUAACUGCACAUAACAGUCCUUUGGCCACUGUUGUUAUUUAUUGGAGGAAAUUGAAUGCAAUAUUAACGAAAACUUUAUACCCACUGACUGAAAAAGCUAGUAGUUACUCUACGGCCGACAGAAUAAACCCCUCCUACACAAUGCACACUUGCACCGGCCGUAUAACUAUGAGAGAGCCGAACCUACAAAAUGUACCAAGAACGUUCUCUAUUCCCGUCAAAUAUCUCACUCUGACAAACGAAAAUGAUCUUUCCACCGACGUGAUAGAGUUCAACUGUAGAAAUGUGUUUAUAGCAACGCCAGGCUGUGUUUUCGUUUCUGCUGAUUAUUGUCAGCUGGAAUUGAGAAUACUCACUCAUUACAGCUGUGACCCGGUUUUGACGAAGAUUAUGAGGUCUGAUGUUGAUGUUUUCAAAGCUAUAGCUGCUUCGUGGAGCUGUUUACCAGAGGAAGAGGUUGAUGACGAUCUCCGUCAGAAAGCUAAACAGCUUUGCUACGGUAUCCUGUACGGAAUGGGCAACAAGACUUUGAGUCAACAUCUAUAUGUGACAGAAGUAGAGGCUGCUGUUUUCAUGGACACAUUUUAUAAAACAUAUCCCUCUUUGAAAACGUUCAUACAAUCAAUUAUAGAUGCCUGCAGGGAACAUGGUUAUGUCGAAACUUUAAAAAAAAGGCGCAGAUAUUUACCUGAUAUUAAAAGUAAUCUACCACAUAAGAGAAGUGCUGCGGAGCGUCAAGCAGUGAACACAACAAUUCAAGGCUCUGCAGCAGACAUCGCUAAAGCAGCGAUGUGUGCUGUAGAUAAAACACAUUUUUCUUAUAUAAAACCUCGCCUUAUAUUACAAUUGCACGAUGAACUUAUUUAUGAAGUACAAGAAACACAUAUGAAAGAUUUCUCGAAAGUUCUAAAAAGAGUUCUGGAAGAUACGGUAUGUUUAAAUGUUCCUUUACCCGUUAAACUGAAGUCAGGAAAAACUUGGGGCACCCUUAGUGAAAUAAAGGUAUAAAUUUA